AUGCUAACCAGAUCGCUUCAGUAUACCCAAAAAAGGCUCGCAUCCACCAGCACGCUUUUGAAGACGCCAUUGUAUGAAGCCCAUGUCAAAUUGGGCGGAAAGAUGGUUCCUUACGCGGGGUUCGAAAUGCCAGUGUUGUACGAAUCUCAAUCACACAUCGACUCGCAUAACUGGGUUAGAUCCAAAGUUGGCCUAUUCGACGUCAGUCACAUGUUGCAGCACAAUAUAAGUGGACCAGAUGCACAAUCGUUUUUGGAGAAAGUCACACCCAUUGAUUUGAACUUGAUCCCGGAAAACAGCUCCAGCUUGUCAGUUCUAUUGAACAAAGACGGUGGCGUGAUUGACGAUUGUAUCAUCACCAAGCACGGAAAGGACAAGUUCUACAUGGUGAGCAACGCCGGCUGCAGGGACAAGGAUGUCAAGUUCCUCAAAGAUGAGUUAAAGGCAUUCAAUUCGGUAAAGCACGAUACAUUUGAAGGAACUUUACUAGCUAUUCAGGGCCCCAAGGCGCAAGAGCUUUUGCAAAAAUUCACCAAUGAAGACUUGAGCAAGAUCUAUUUUGGCCAAACAAAGUUUAUCAAAUUGUCGCCUAUCUCCGCAACUGUGCACCUAGCAAGAGCGGGCUAUACCGGAGAAGACGGCUUUGAGUUGUCGAUUCCCUCAGCAACUCCAGCAGAGGCAGCAGAAGCUUUGGAAUUUUUCAAUACAUUGGUCAACGAGUAUCCCGAUGUUGCCAAACCAAUUGGACUAGCAGCAAGAGACUCGUUGAGGUUGGAAGCAGGUAUGUGCUUGUAUGGACACGAGUUGACAGAGGAGAUAACCCCAGUCGAAGCCUCCUUGACGUGGUUGAUUCCUAAAACACGUCGUGAAUUGAAUGACGCAAGUUUCAACGGGGCAGCCAAAAUCUUGAGCCAAAUCAAGGACAAAUCAACCACGCACAGAAGAAUAGGCUUGACCUCGAAAGGGCCAUCGCCACGAGAGGGGAAUAAAAUCUUCAGCGAAGAUGGCAAAACCGAAAUCGGAUACAUCACAUCAGGUUCGCCUUCUCCCACCAAUGGCGGCAAUGUUGCUCAAGCUUAUAUCGACAAGAAAGCGAAGAUCGGUGCCCCCGUCAAGAUAGAAAUAAGAGGAAAGUUGAGAGAUGGAAUUGUAACGAAGUUGCCAUUCGUUCCAAGUAGAUUGUAUAAACAGUAA